UAGCUCUUGUGUUAUGACACAUCUCGCUCCCAAUUGCACUAGCGGGCCUUCCCCCCCAGCUGUAGCUUAGGAACUGUGCCCGAGUGCCCAGGGACCACUUUGAUAGAGUGGCUAACAGGGGUUAAAAUCCCCUCAGUUCUUAGAAAAAAGGGGGUCGAACCCAUGCUCAAGAGAUCAAAACUCUUAGUGCUUCCUCUACACCACUUUCUAAGAUGGGGUCAGCUAAAUAAGCUUUCGGGCCCAUACCCCGGACAUGACGGUUAAACUCCCUCCUCCAUCAAUGAACCCUUAUGUACUAGCGACGCUAUUGUCCAGCCUUGGCUUAGGAACCACCCUAACCUUUGCUAGCUCCCACUGACUGCUGGCCUGAAUAGGACUAGAGAUUAAUACCCUGGCGAUCAUCCCUUUAAUGGCACAGCACCAUCAUCCACGCGCCGUGGAAGCGACCACAAAAUAUUUUCUUACUCAAGCCACUGCCGCAGCCAUGAUCCUGUUUGCGAGCACAACAAAUGCCUGGAUCACAGGGGCAUGAGACAUAAAUAAUGUCUCUAAUCCUAUUGCCAGCACAAUAAUUAUUACCGCCCUAGCACUUAAAAUUGGGCUAGCGCCAAUACACUUCUGAAUGCCUGAAGUAUUACAAGGACUAGAUCUCCUCACAGGACUAGUUUUGUCUACCUGGCAGAAACUUGCCCCGCUCGCCCUCAUUAUUCAGACAGCCCAAGCCAUUGACCCCUUACUACUCACAACCCUGGGACUUAUGUCUACUUUAAUUGGUGGGUGAGGCGGACUGAACCAAACCCAGUUGCGGAAGAUCUUGGCCUACUCCUCAAUUGCACACAUAGGCUGA